UGCUGCUGAUCAUCGCUUAAUUAAAACUUUUUACAGUUUGAAUCCAAUUGAAAACCAGGUAUCCAUUUCUUCCUAUUAUUCUGAUAUUUAGUUAGUAAUAUAUGAUUCUUUAGAUUUGUUCAGCCAAAGUGAUCUGGCAAGCUACGAAAGAUAAAUUACAAGCUGAAGAAGAAGUAGCCAUUCUUAAACAACGUAUUUAUACGAAACGAUUACCUGCAUCCUAUGCGAUUCUUGAUCACUCCAUUGAUCCGAUAGAGAAUAUGUUAAAACAACCAGCACUCAAUAAAGAUAAACGUGCGACAUUAUCAUUUCGUCGACUUAAAACAAUUGCUCAAUUCAAAUACGAUAUGAUGGUCUUGACGAUUGCAACCGCUGAAGAGACAGUUCGAAGUCAUAUCAGCAUCAUCGCUAAUGAAAAGAAGAAAUUAAUUGAUAAUACUAGUGGUGGACAAGUUCCUCUUCCGAAGCCACUCAUUCAACUGAUGAAUGCUAUUACGGCACGUCAAACUAAUAUGAUACAACGUUCUCAACAUAUUCUACAACAAAAAUUAUCGGUUUUCGACAACGCUCCAGUGGCAGAAAAUAUGGCUGGUGCCACUGGAGCAGUUUUUGAAAAGGAUCUUACAAAAAAUUGUAUUUCAGCUUCUGAUCAACGCGCCAAAGAUUUCUUUACUGAUAUAGAAAAUCUUCUUCGUCGACUCUAUACAAAUAUAUUACCUCCUAAAUUAUUGGCUCGAGCUCAAUAUGAACAUCGAAUUAUGAAGAGUACACGACGUCAACUCAAAAAAUCUAAUGUUAUUAUUCGUAUUACGGACAAAAGUAAAGUAUUUCACUUAGGUAGUGUACAAGAUUAUCAUGAAAAAGCAUUACAAUACAUGCAAGAUACUAAUGCCUAUAGAGAAAUAACAAGUGGUAUUAAUCCAUGUCACGAUCAUGUACAAACAGUCUUAGCAUUAAUAGAUCCAAUGUUGAAAAAGAGAGAGAUUAAUCUCGAAUUAUGGAAACAA